CUCACCGGAACCGGAAAUUCUAGAGAGAAAAUGCUAGCUUAGCAACGGGACCUGCCCAUGGAGCUUGUCACCGAGUGUAUGUUUUGAUGCUGAUAGAUCCAUUUAUGGUUUUGUGGGAAAGGAACUGACCAGCUGAGAAAGGUCUGACCGGCUGUUAACGUAUUUAAGGCAGCUUCUCCCAGUCUGAGAAGAUGGGCGUCCUCUCCAAGCCCUCUCUGAGCCUCCUGAUCUGUCUGGCUGUCGUCCUGCUUGUUUUGGGAAACGUAUCCGCUUCCGAGUUCAAUCCUUACAGGGUGCUCGGAGUGUCUCGACAUGCCAGUCAGGCUGAAAUCAGAAAGGCUUACAAGCAGCUCGUCAAGGAGUGGCAUCCGGACAAGAACAAAGAUCCGAGUGCAGAGGACAUGUUUAUCAAGAUUGCUAAAGCCUACGAGAUCUUGUCGAGUGAGGAUCGCAGAGCGAACUACGAUCAGUUCGGUCAGACCGAUGAGAACCAACACCACAACCAAGCCCCGCAUGGUUUCCACCACUUCCAUGACAGUUUUUACUUCGACCAGUCCUUCUUUCGCUUCACCCAGUCAACUAGAGACUUCACAGACAGCAAGCACCUGCUUCAAUAUGAGAAGUAUAUGAAGGAAGUGGAGCCCGAUAGCUUCAAAAGGCCCUACCUGAUUAAGAUUACCUCAGAGUGGUGUUUCAGCUGCAUCCAUAUCGAGCCCGUCUGGAAGGAAUCUGUUCAGGAGCUGGAGCCACUGGGUGUGGGGAUUGGUGUUGUGGAUAUUGGUUACGAGAAACGGUUAGCUGUUCAUCUGGGAGUCCGCGGCGCUCCGUCCAUCCUGGCGCUCAUCAACGGCAGAGUGACCUUCUUCCACAACACCGUGGCCCGAGAGAACCUGAGGCAGUUUGUGGAAAGCUUGCUGCCACGUGAUCUAGUAGAGAAGGUGACAGAUGAUAACUACGUACAGUUUCUGAACGGUUGGCGGGAAGAGAACAAACCCAGCGUUCUACUGUUUGACUCUGCUAUUUCAGUACCAUUACUUUACAAGCUCUCAGCGUUUGCAUACCGGGACUUCGUGCGGUUUGGUUACGUCGAUCAAACUCGGACCAAACGUAUCCAGCAGCAGUUCAGCAUCAACAUGUACGCUCCCACCAUGCUGCUGUUUAAAGAGAACACUGAGAAACCUGCAGACGUCAUACAGUCCAGGGGAAUCAAAAAGCAAACCAUUGAUGAGUUUGUCUCUAGUAACCGUUUCCUGCUGGUGCCACGACUGGUCAAUCAGAAGUUUUUUGACGAGCUGUGUCCGGUCAAACAGUUCCACCGCCGUCGGAAAUACUGUGUCUUACUCAUCACUGGGGAGGAUGAGACGUUCGUGUCUGUGAAUGACGCCUUCUUUGACUUUGCCGCUUCGAACACUAAAGAGGUGGUGCGAUUCGCCUACGUCUAUCAGAGGCAGCAGCAGCCCCUCUGUGAUGCGCUGCUCAAAACGCAAGACGUGAGGCCUCCCCAGGUGAUCAUUCUGGAGAGACGAAGCGCAGCAGGUAAGGUGCUGUACCGGACAGUGACAGGCGGUUGGAAUGGGAGUGACGACGAUAAGAACCAGCUUUAUGAGCAGCUGGAGCUCCUGCAGAGAGAUCCAACCUUUCUCAACUAUGACGCCAUGCUGCCUGAACUCAACAAUGAACUCGCCUCAAUGUUUCUAAUUCGGUGGUUGAACGCCGCUUAUGAUUACCUUUCUCAUGUCUGCUUUGAGCUUCUCUACUCAAACUGGCGAGAGGUGAUGCCCAUCGUAUCUCUGAUCUUCUCCGCUCUCUUCAUCCUUUUUGGCACCGUCAUCAUUCAGGCUUUCAGUGACUCCGAGGAAAAAACAGCCAAGCGGAAGGCUAAAGAAUCCCCAAAGACAGCAGGCAGCUCUUCGGAUACAGAAAACACAUCCAGCCGUCCUUCCAAGAAGAACUUUGUGGAAGUGACGGAGUUGACAGACAUGACCUACACCAGCAAUCUGGUCAGAUUAAAGCCGGGACACAUCAACGUGGUGCUGGUGCUCACAGACGCGUCCAAACAGGUCCUGCUGAAGAAGUUUGCCAAGGAAGUAUACUCAUUCUCAGGAUAUCAGACUCUUCACUACUCCUUCUUAAACUCUGACAAACACAGAGGGUGGAUGGAUUCACUCCUGCAGCUGGCGCCCUCUGCCAGGCUUUCAGAAGAUGAGGAAGAAGAGGGCGUGUCCUCCUGUAAACCGCAUUACACCGGCCAUGUUCUGGCUCUUAACGGCCAUAAAAAGUACUUUUGCCUAUUCAGGCCCACGCUCACCAAGGACGAGGACGACGCCGUACAGCUCCAUCACAAGCUGGAAGGACUGAACCUAUGGAUGGAGAAGCUGACGGAGGGCACGCUGCCCAGACACCACGUUCCCGCCUGGCCUGAUCUGCACCCCACUACCCCUAAAAAAUAAAAAGGUGGGUUGUGGAAAUUUCUUAAAUAUCAGGUCUGGACUCCACUGUGUGACCUUUUUUUUUGUGUGUUAUUGAAAGCAGGAGUUCUUGCUAUUUGCCUGGGAUUUGAGCCCUGGUACAGUCUGUGUGUAGUAUGUGUUCUUGUUUUAGAAAAUGUACUUACGCAGAACAUUCUUCUGGAUUAUGCACUGGCUGUUUUAUAUAUUUUUUUUUGUUGUUGUUUAUUUUAUCCCUCAUGGCAGCACCAGGUACAUGCUUUUUGCUGCCAGCAGGGGUUGCACUACCAACCAUGUUACUUACAAUGUGGAGAAAGUCUUUGGACUUUAUUUUAGCUGCUGAUUUAUGCUGUAGGAACAUUCACAGAUCGGUUCAUGCCCAGACGAGCGUCCUGUCAGGAUGAAAGCACAUACACAUAUACUGAGUGAGAGUGCCACCUGUUUGUUGUAGAUGAGCUACGGAACAAAAAACCCACUUCUGGGAUCUGUUGGAAUGGCAGUACUGCACUUUGUGUGCUGAAAAUGAUUUAACUUUACACACAAAUGCUGUUUUAGAUUUACGUUUAAAUGUAGGAUAUAUCAUCGAUAUGUCCGAAGAACUUUAGAUGGCUCGAUCAUUCUUUACUACUAAGUGCAUUAACAACCCGAGUAACGAAAACGUCCACUGUAGAAAUCGUUCACGUCAAUCCACAGCUCCACAGUACAAAGCUGUGAAAGUCAUUAACGUUAUUCAGCUGAUGAAUACGCUUCUAACUGAACGACAGUUUAUAACCAAAAAAUACUGUUGAGCGCACUCUUUCUUCUCCAUUUUAUGCGUGAUUGUGAAAAGUGUUUGCUUGCAUGAAAAAAAGCCUCAUAGUUGCCAUGUUUUGGUUUGGUUUCUAGCAUGUUGCAGCUUUCUUUAACUGUUGGACCGUACUUUUUUGUCCUCACUUUUACAUGGUUCCGUACUUAAAACAUCAUCUUAAAAAUAAUUUCAUCAUUUUCUCAGCGGUUCAUUCAAAAUUCUCGUGUCUUGACCUCAUCAAAUUUCUUCUUGACGCCAUUAUUUAAAGGAAGAUAUUUUAAUUUAUAAGAAGUUGCA